AUGGGUAUGUCUUUGUCCAAUACAUUACUUUUUAAACUUUAUGCUCCUAUAUUUCAAUUACUGAUUAGCAACUGCCUUCUGAAAAAGGCAACUAAUUUUAACCUCUUGGUAGUUUACCAUUCUGCAUCCUAGGCCUAUGCUUAGGAUCCUUUUUGUUUAAAGCUACAGUAUUUGUAUUUAUUAUGGAUUUGUCUGCUUGAGAAUGCAAUUUAGCUGAUUAUGGUCUCUGUCAUGUGGUCUGACCUGUAGGCAGGCCUACACAUGCCGCCUGUCCUUUUGAGUUCAACCCUCCCAGAGUGGUGGUGAGAUAUGGAGACUCAGUCGCAGUCAACUGCAGCACAUCAUCCACAGACCACGAGGGGAUGGGCUGGGAGGCCACAUACGGAGGUACAGGUUUAGAAGAUGUCAACUUUGUCAUCUGGACUGUGGAGAAUCUAACAUACUGGACAAUACAACCUAAAUGCUACAUCGCACUAAAAAAUGGAAGUCAGUGUUUGGAAAAUUUCCCUGUCAUUCUAUACAGUAAGUUGUUUUUCAUUUGCGUCUUGUAGUGAGUUUUGUCAGUGAAAACAAUUAGUUUUUCUCACUAUAUGUAACUAUUUUGUCUCUAGAGAUUCCAGACAGAAUCUCCAUCUCUGUUCUGAGCCACUCUGGUCCCAUGGUGGAGGGGACAGAGUACCAGCUGCAGUGUGACAUACAGAAUGUCGCUCCUCUACGGAACCUGGUUGUGAGGUGGUACAAAGGGAAUGAAACUGUAAAAACUCAAACAUUUAAUACAUCCACGAGGGAACCAGAGGAUGUGUCCUCCACCCUCAACAUCACCCCCAGGAGAUUUGAAGAUGAAGUAGAGUACAGAUGUGAGGCAGAGCUGGUCCUGGGACCAGAGGGACCACAACCUUCUGUCAUGUCAUCACAGCAUCUUCAUUUUCCUGUUUACUGUAAGUCUUUUUGUUUUCUUUUUGGGGCUGUUCAAUGUUGGUCCUGGAAUGCUGAAACACUUCUGGUUUUCAUCCUCUCCUUCUAACAAUGGACUAAUUCAGACCUAGGACACCAGGUAAGAGCAAUUAACUACCAGGUAGAAACAAAAAAACAGAAGUGUUUCUGGCCUCCAGGACCGGAAUUGAACAGCCCUGCACUAAAAGGACCUUUUAAAGGGCUAAGGGACUUUUUCAUUUCACAUUCUUCAAACGAUCCUAAAGUGAUGUCAUUGACCCUAUUGUUUGACGUUAAGGUCAGUCUGCAGUGCCUGUAGUCUGUAUCACUGGCAUGAACUGUCAUCUGCCAAAACAGUGGUCAAAUCCUUGGUUGCUGCACCCAUUGCCACUAGCGGCAGGAUGUGGGGACUGCUGACUGAGGGGAACUGUAGUUCUGCCUGGAUGACAGCUUGCGGUGGCUCAUCUUAAAGGGGAAGGCAGCCAUUAUUUUGGUCUGCGCCAUAUUGCCUGACAACUCAAACUGAAUUCUUACACUGCUCUAUGUUUGUUACAAACCUCAAUCUAAAACUGCCAUCGUUGAAGUUGUUUGUGGUGACGUCAAAAUGAGUGGUGUUCUACAACACAAAGUAAUCAGCGUUUGGAUCAUCUCUAACCAAUCAGGUACUCAGAUCCAGACUCAUUGCGGAGAAGAAACUAACGUCUGUGGGCGUAGCGUAGUGUAUCAUUUCAAAUCAAAUCAAAUGUUAUUGGUCACAUACGUGUGUUUAGCAGAUGUUAUUGCGGGUGUAGCGAAAUGCUUCUGCUUCUAGCUCCGACAGUGCAGUAAUAUCUAACAAGUAAUAUCUAACAAUUUCUCAACAUAUACCCGAUACACACAAAUCUAAGUAAGGAAUUAAUUAAGAAUAUAUACAGUACCAGUCAGUUUGGACACACCUACUUAUUCAAGGGUUUUUCUUUGAUUUUUUACUAUUUUCUACAUUGUAGAAUAAUAGUGAAGACAUCAAAACUAUGAAAUAACACAUAUGGAAUCAUGUAGUAACCAAACAAGUGUUAAACAAAUCAAAAUAUAUUUUAUAUACUUCAAUUAGCCACCCUUUGCCUUGAUGACAGCUUUGCACACUCUUGGCAUUCUCUCAACCAGCUUUACCUGGAAUGCUUUCCAACAGUCUUGAAGGAGUUCACACAUAUACUGAGCACUCAUUGGCUGCUUUUCCUUCACUCUGCCAUCCGACUCUUCCCAAACCAUCUCAAUUGGAUUGAGGUCGUAGGAUUGUGGAGGCCAGGUUGUCUGAUGCAGCACUCCAUCACUCUUCUUCUUGGUAAAAUAGCCCUUGCAAUGCCUGGAGGUGUGUUGGGUUAUUGUCCUGUUGAAAAACAAAUGAUAGUCCCACUAAGCCCAAACCAGAUGGGAUGGCGUAUCGCUGCAAAAUGUGGUGGUAGCCAUGCUGGUUAAGUGUGCCUUGAAUUUUAAAUAAAUCACAGACCGUGUUACCAGCAAAGCAUCCCCACACCAUAACACCUCCUCCUCCAUGCUUUACGGUGGGAACUACACAUGCGGAGAUCAUCCGUUUACCCACACCGCGUCUCACGAAGACACAGCGGUUUGAACCAAAAAUCUCCAAUUUGGACUCCAGACCAAAGGACACAUUUCCACUGGUCUAAUGUCCAUUGCUCGUGUUUCUUGGCCCAAGCAGGUCUCUUCUUCUUAUUGGUGUCCUUUAGUAGUGGUUUCUUUGUAGCAAUUCGACCAUGAAGGCCUGAUUCACACAGUCCCCUCUGAACAGUUGAUGUUGAGAUGUGUCUGUUACUUGAACUCUGUGAAGCAUUUAUUUGGGCUGCAAUUUCUGAGGCUGGUAACUCUAAUGAACUUAUCCUCUGCAGCAGAGGUAACUCUGGGUCUUCCAUUCCUGUGGCGGUCCUCAUGAGAGCCAGUUUCAUCAUAGCUCUUGAUGGUUUAUGUGACUGCACUUUAAGAAAAAAAUGUUUCCCGUAUUGACUGACCUUCAUGUCUUAAAGUAAUGAUGGACUGUCGUUUCUCUUCGCUUAUUUGAGCUGUUCUUGCCAUAAUAUGGACUUGGUAUUUUACCAAAUAGGGCUAUCUUCUGUAUACCCCCCUACCUUAUCACAGCACAACUGAUUGGCUCAAACGCAUUAAGAAGGAAAAAAUUUCCACAAAUUAACUUUUAAGAAGGCACACCUGUUAAUUGAAAUGCAUUCCAGGUGACUACCUCAUGAAGCUGGUUGAAAGAAUGCCAAGAGUGUGUAAAGCUGUCAUCAAGGCAAAGGGUGUCUAUUGAAGAAUCUGUUUAAAAAACAUUUGUUUACUACAUGAUUCCAUAUGUGUUAUUUCAUAGUUUUGAUGUCUUCACUAUUAUUCUACAAUGUAAAAAAUAGUAAAAAUAAAGAAAAAGCCUUGAAUGAGUAGGUGUGUCCAAACUUUUGACUGGUAGUGUACAUAUAUGGACGAGCGAUGUCAGAGUGGCAUGGACUAAGAUACAGUAGAAUAGUAUAGAAUACAGUACAUACAGUUGAAGUCGGAAGUUUACAUACACCUUAGCCAAAUACAUUUAAACUGUUGUUUUAACUUGGGUCCAACGUUUCGGGUAGCCUUCCACAAGCUUCCCACAAUAAGUUGGGUGAAUUUUGGCCCAUUCCUCUUGGCUGAUUUCUUUUGAUUUUCCCAUGAUGUCAAGCAAAGAGGCACUGAGUUUGAAGGUAGGCCUUGAAAUACAUCCACAGGUACACCUCAAAUUGACUCAAAUGAUGUAAAUUAGCCUAUCAGAAGCUUCUAAAGCCAACACAUCAUUUUCUGGAAUUUUCCAAGCUGUUUAAAGGCACAGUCAACUUAGUGUAUGUAAACUUCUGACCCACUGGAAUUGUGAUACAGUGAAUUAUAAGUGAAAUAAUCUGUCUGUAAACAAUUGUUGGAAAAAUUACUUGUGUCAUGCACAAAGUAGUUGUCCUAACCGACUUGCCAAAACGAUAGUUUUUUAACAAGAAAUUUGUGGAGUGGUUGAAAAACUAGUUUUAAUGACUCCAAUCUAAGUCUAUGUAAACUUCCGACUUCAACUGUACUGUGAGUAAUACAAGAUAUGUAAACGUUAUUAAAGUGGCUAGUGUUCCAUUUCUUAAAGUGGCCAGUGAUUUCUAGUCUAUGUCUAUAGGAAGCAGCUUCUAAUGUGCUAGUGAUGGCCGGAGCAAGGAGUUUGGGUAGCCAGACACGGACUAAUGGUGUCCAACAAAUCAAAAAUUCAAAACGAUCACAACAUCAAUUUGCAUGUGUUUUGUCUCUCCUACCUUUCCAAUUGGCUUCAUUGUGCUGUUAAUUUAACGGCCCGCUGAAAGGUCUCUGUCAUUUUUUCCCUUAUACUGUUACUAUACUUAUUGAGAUAUUACGGCAGUAAUAUUAUGAGUACUAUGAGAAUUAUGAGUACAUAACCCAUAACCUGAGCUGCACUGUUAAGGGUUAUCCUGUACCUGAGGUAAUCUGGUACAAUAUAAAGAGUAUUUAAAAUCUUUCAAUUGAUUUAGCGGUGCUUCAUUGAACUUAUCUGUGCAAUGGAAUCAAUGCAAUAGUCCCAAAAGUGCAAAACCCACCCACGUAGCAAUCCAGACAGGCCCAAGCAAAUAUGCAAAGUCUUUUCAUGAAAAUGUAAAAAAAACUAUUUGAACCCAGGUCUUCUGUCUAUAUUUGUAUUUUCUAUAUCAGUGCUUGUUGCAUUUUGGUCUUAUUAUGCUCAUGUGACUCUCGUGCCUCCAGUCCCGCCACAGGAUAUUCUGGAGCUGAAGGACACAGAAGUUGAUGUUGGUUCCCGUACUGGGCUGAAGUGCUCCUCCAAUGGGAACCCCCGGCCAGAGUACUCCUGGACUUAUCACCGGGCUCCCAAUGUAAAGUUGAAGAAUGACGGGGUGUCCCUACUGACCAUCGAGCAGGCCACAGGGGAGAACAUCGGGUACUACACAUGCUACGCCAGUAAUACCCUGGGAAAAGUCUCUAAAAGAGCCAGGGUCUCUGUCAGAGGUAAGACCUUCUCCAAUUUUAAUACAUUAUUGGAUUUUGCCUGUCCGGACGCUCAAAGCGCUUUACAUAUUAAGGGGGACACUCACCUCAUCAGCCUCUGUCAUCAAAGCGUCCAGGACAUUGGUAAUGUAGGCUAAUGACACUCUUGGCUCAGGUCUACCAUGUCUCUCUCUAUGGUGCUACAGUGGCUUGCGAAAGUAUUCACCCCACUUGGCAUUUUUCCUAUUUUGUUGCCUUACAACCUGGAAUUAAAAUGGAUUUUUGGGGGGUUUGUAUCAUUUGAUUUACACAACAUGCCUACCACUUUGAAGAUGCAAAAUAUUUUUGGGGGUGAAAGUCAAUCAUUUGUAGAGCCACCUUUUGCAGCAAUUACAGCUGCAAGUCUCUUGGGGUAUGUCUCUAUAAGCUUGGCACAUCUUGCCACUGGGAUUUUUGCCCAUUCUUCAAGGCAAAACUGCUCCCGCUCCUUCAAGUUGGAUGGGUUCCGCUGGUAUACAGCAAUCUUUAAGUCAUACCACAGAUUCUCAAUUGGAUUGAGGUCUGGGCUUUGACUAGGCCAUUCCAAGACAUUUAAAUGUUUCCCCUUAAACCACUCGAGUGUUGCUUUAGCAGUAUGCUUAGGGUCAUUGUCCUGCUGGAAGGUGAACCUCCGUCCCAGUCUCAAAUCUCUGGAAGACUGAAACAGGUUUCCCUCAAGAAUUUCCCUUUAUUUAGCGCCAUCAUCAUUCCUUCAAUUCUGACCCGUUUCCCAGUCCCUGCCGAUAAAAAACAUCCCCACAGCAUGAUGCUGCCACCACCAUGCUUCACUGUGAGGAUGGUGUUCACGGGUUAAUGAGAGGUGUUGGGUUUGCGCCAGACAUAGCGUUUUCCUUGAUGGCCAAAAAGCUCAAUUUUAGUCUCAUCUGACCAGAGUACCUUCUUCCAUAUGUUUGGGGAGUCUCCCACAUGCCUUUUGGCGAACACCAAACGUGUUUGCUUAUUUCUUUCUUUAAGCAAUGGCUUUUUUUCUGGCCACUCUUCUGUAAAGCCCAGCUCUGUGGAGUGUAUGGCUUAAAGUGGUCCUAUGGACAGAUACUCCAAUCUCCGCUGUGGAGCUUUGCAGCUCCUUCAGUGUUACCUUUGUUCUCUUUAUUGCCUCUCUGAUUAAUGCCCUCCUUGCCUGGUCCAUGAGUUUUGGUGGGUGGCCCUCCUUUGGCAGGUUUGUUGUGGUGCCAUAUUCUUUCCAUUUUUUAAUACUGGAUUUAAUGGUGCUCCGUGGGAUGUUCAAAGUUUUUGAUAUUUUUUUAUAACCCAACCCUGAUCUGUACUUCUCCACAACUUUGUCCCUGACCUGUUUGGAGAGCUCCUUGGUCUUCAUGGUGCCGCUUGCUUGGUGGUGCCCCUUGCUUAGUGGUGUUGCAGACUCUGGGGCCUUUCAGAACAGGUGUAUAUAUACUGAGAUCAUGUGACAGAUCAUGUGACACUUAGAUUGCACACAGGUGGACUUUAUUUAACUAAUUAUGUGACUUCUGAAGGUAAUUGGUUGCACCAGAUCUUAUUUAGGGGCUUGCUAGCAAAGGGGGUGAAUACAUAUGCACUCCCCACUUUUCCGUUAUUUAUUUUAAAGAAUCUUUUGAAACAAGUUAUUUUUUUCAUUUCACUUCACCAGUUUGGACUAUUUUGUUUAAAUAAGGCAACAAAAUAGGAAAAACGCCAAGGGGGCUUAAUACUUUUGCAUGGCACUGUAUACUCUAUGUCUAUGUGCUGUAUUCACAGUUGCAUUUGUGUCAUCUUUGCUUAAGCCUACUGGACAUUAUGUCAUGGUUCAGUGAUGCAUUUGGAUAUGAUAGUCUAUUAUAAUAUGAUAAUAUCACAAUUUCGUGACAUCAAAUAUGAUGAGGAACAUGAAUUGAAAUAAAUAUUACUGGACUCUCCCUUUAAUACCAGGAAAUAAAACUGAGCUCAACCAGUAUCUUACUGGAGAGAAAAAAAACAGUAUGCCUACAGCUUUGUUUUCCCAAAUUCAUCUCUGCUUUCUGAAAUGUCGUUAUUUAUAGCCUAGAUAACCUUUUUUAUAGCCUAGAUAAUGUUUUUUGAUGUGGUUUCUCGUUCCAUCAUUGAAUAACACAUUUAGAAACGGCCUGGCCCUCCAUAAAGGCGCUGGUGCUUGUGGGGGAGGGUUGGUUCCUAUUAUAUUUAAGAGGGAGUGGAGUUGAGGGAUAGAGUGAAUGUGCCGUGCUGGCUGCACUUUCGUUAAAUAAGUCAACAAGUCGGCGCCGCGCGGCUGCAACUUCCAGUGAACUGGAGGAAAGCACUCGAGUAGAUAUAUUCAGAGGCUGCUAGAUAACGGGCCGCUAGACAUUCAGACGGGUUACAAAGCCUCUGAAGAGCUCAGGCAAUGAAGGAUUUGUACCUAAAUCGUCUUAUUUCAAUCGCUUUGACUUUGGAACUGUUGUUGCUGUUGAAUGGGUCAGAAUCAAGUAAGUUUUUGUCGCGCACUGAACGGGACGUCAUCGGUGUUGUCCACUGUAGGAAAUGUUAAUGUUCUCGUCGUCAUACAAAUUGCUGACAACUUUAUUUUGCCUAUCCAAAAAUAUGAUGAGAAAAAAAUACCACACUAAUAAACGCACAUUGUUGAGAUGAAAGUGGCUACAAAGGUAGAUAUUGACUUAUAUGGGAUAACCUGGCACUGGGCUCUCUGAUUCUGAGAGAGUCAACAUCAUGUAUAGAAAUAUUAUUCCUAGGUAUUUUAUUCAUAUUCAUGAAUCCAGCAAUAGUGUUAAAGAACAAGGGAAGUGCGUGCACACACACACUAGACCCCAGUUCAUUGAAUAAAUCAUUGUUUAACUAGUUGAAGUUACAUUGAAGUUACAUAGAUAUGUGCUUUAUGCAAUGUUUGUUGUGAAGUAUGUUACUUUGUUGUGAAGUGGGUUAUAUAAUUGAUGGAGCUUAUUAGGGAAGGGACAGUGACAUAAAAGCUGCACUAAAGAAUGGGAGGCAAAAAACGUCAAUUUUUGUGAAGGAAGGGUACCCUUCCUGACUCAUUUUCCUGUAUUUUGGUCUACUGAGUCAAUGGCGGCUUUAGUUCCAGCUGCAUGUCACAUUUGACCACCCUUUUCCUUUUUUGCUGCUGGUCAUUGAAAUAUGAUGUGAUUUAUUGUUGGUUAUUACCAGGUAUUUAAAUGAUGUAAUUCAUUAUCUCUCUUUUCUCCUAACUCUGUAGGUGCAGAGCCGGUAUGUCCUAUGAAGCUGAGCACUGAGAGUGUGGUGGUGGAAUAUGGAUCUCCAGUCUCAGUGUCAUGCAGCAACACAACUAGUGUUGAAGAGAUCUACUGGACCACAGGUCCCCAAGUUGUCAAUGAUACUACCUGGAGUGUUGUGGAACUCCUAGACUGGGACAUAAGGCCUAGUUGUAAUGCAACCUUUCAGGGGAUUGGAAGAUGCAGUAUACCUCUGCACAUCACACUAUACAGUAAGUGAAGAUGCUGUCUUCCUCAUUCUCUAUGUCAGAAGAACAAUGGGACUUGUUGUCGCCAUCCGUAGUGGGUAUCCUCUGUAUCUGGUGGGUAUAAUAUAUUAUACUGUAUAUUGUAUUAUAUGAACAUUGUGAAUGGCAUUUCAUUUUCCUGUUGUACCGAAACAAAUUGUGACCCCAAAACCACAAUACGUACCGAACCGUGGGUUUGGUGAACCGUUACACCUCUAUUGUUCACGAUAUGCUCUUACACAUAUUUACUGUCUCUUUUUUACUGUUUCAUAUUAACUUCUAGUUUUUUUUUAAAGGUUAGAUUUGAUCUUGGAACACUAAUAAGUCUGAAAAUUGUCUUCCACAGAGACUCCAGACAGAGUGUCCAUCUCUGUUCUGAGCCACUCUGGUCCCAUGGUGGAGGGGACAGUGUACCAGCUGCAGUGUGGCAUCCAGAACAUCGCUCCUCUACAGAACCUGGUUGUGAAGUGGUACAAAGGGAAUGAACCCGUAGAUAAUGUAACUUACAGUAACAUCAUUAAGACACCAGUGAAUGUGUCAGCUACUCUGAUGAUCACCCCCAGUAGAGAUGAUGAUGGAGCUCAGUAUAGAUGUGGAGCAGAACUGGACCUGGGACCAGAGGGACCACAACCCCAUCCUUCAGUGACAUCAGAACCUCUCAACAUUACUGUGCACUGUGAGUUGCAGAGAACUGUUAAUAUAUAGAAACCACACUAACGUUGCAUAACAUGUGUGAUAAUGCAAUGUCCCAAUGCACAUUCCAUAAAUGCCUAAUAUUCUACGGUGAAGUCUCACUCCACUCCACUUGUAAUGUUAGGAGAAAUUAAUCAAACGUGCAAUUGUGUUUGUCUCCUUCACUGCAGUAAUUCAUUUAAGAAACCACCUGACUUUAUACUCUCUCUCUCUAAGAUAAGCCAUGCAUCAAUGCAUCUCGACUGCCACUGAGGAUACCUGUGUUCAGGGGCUAUCCUGAGGAGUUAGUGUGUGAGGCUGAGGGUUACCCACAGCCCAGGAUACAGUGGCUCUAUGACCCAGCGAAGCAUGUUAGUGAGGCGGGAGGCAACCUGACUGUCUCUGAGGCAGGGCUCUACAACUGCACCGCCACCAACGAUGUGGAGACUAGCUUCAUUGUGGUAGAGGUGGUUUUAAAAGGUAAUGGAACCUUUAUUAAACUGUAUUAAACCCUUUAUUAACCCAUGAUUUACUGUUUAUGAACAUCUUGUAGGAUGAUUCUUCUGGCUGGUGUAGCUUUCUGUCUGCUUCCUCCUUCCAUCUCUCUGGUCUCCUUUCUCUGUCUGUGUCUGCUAUUCAUGGGUUGACUGAUUAAUGUUCUCUGAACAAAUGUAAUUAUUAACUUUUAACUAAGCAGUUUUUCUCAUAUGUCCUUUAUCCUUUGAGCUAUCCAAUACCUCUUAGUUACUGCUUUCUGAACUGCUCUCCUCCUGCCACAUUCUGUAGUCAGAUACAUGUAGUACAUAUAUGUUGUGUGAGGGAGUUUGAACCAAAGCUGCAAAACAUGAGGAGAUGAUGAGGAGACAGUAUAUUUUUAUGCACAUAUAAGACCAGGUAUCAAACACACUCAUUGGGAAGGUCCCAUGGUGAAGCUAUAGAUCAGGCAUCAAACACACUCCUUGGGAAGGGCCCAUGGUGAAGCUAUAGAUCAGGCAUCAAACACACUCCUUGGGAAGGGCCCAUGGUGAAGCUAUAGAUCAGGCAUCAAACACACUCCUUGGGAAGGGCCCAUGGUGAAGCUAUAGAUCAGGCAUCAAACACACUCCUUGGGAAGGGCCCAUGGUGAAGCUAUAGAUCAGGCAUCAAACACACUCAUUGGGAAGGGCCCAUGGUGAAGCUAUAGAUCAGACAUCAAACACACUCCUUGGGAAGGGCCCAUGGUGAAGCUAUAGAUCAGGCAUCAAACACACUCCUUGGGAAGGGCCCAUGGUGAAGCUAUAGAUCAGGCAUCAAACACACUCCUUGGGAAGGGCCCAUGGUGAAGCUAUAGAUCAGGCAUCAAACACACUCCUUGGGAAGGGCCCAUGGUGAAGCUAUAGAUCAGCCAUCAAACACACUCCUUGGGAAGGGCCCAUGGUGAAGCUAUUGACCGUUUGUCAGAGUGCUAGGUAGAACUGAGCAUCAUCCAUCAUUCAUUGAAGAGUGUUGGGUGAAGUUGUUGAAUAUUUGGCAGUUUAGCUCAGUGCUGACUGUUGCCUUGUAGAAUAGUAUUUCAAGGGUAAAGUUAAGUGAUGUCCCCACUCUUAUGGUAGAUGUUGUAGAUCUACUCUGACUGGCGGGAUCAUGUAAUAUUAUGUUAAGUGAUUCGUGCUUAUUCUUUCCUGUUGGUGGAAGUAGGAUAAAUCAGUGUAUUGACUCACCUCUAUUUGAAGGUGACAAUGGUUCAGUCUGAGGUGGCGCCACAACGUUAACAGAGUGUGAUGGAUUGAUGGGUGUUUGUUGUUUUGUCUCUCUUGUCACAGAGGACUACCUGCCCCUCAUAGCGGGCUUCGUGGCCUUCAUGGUCGUGGUCAUCUCCGUCAUCUUUGUCUUAAUCUACUCCAUCUACUACAAGAACACCAAGAUGGGCCGCUACAGCCUAAAGAACGCCAAGCUCAGCAGCACGCCCAACGGCAACGUAGCGCAGGACGGUGGCCGGGACAUUCCGCUCCCCAUAACUAAACUGUCUCAGCCAAACAUCUACUUCUAGGAGGAUGAGUUGUAUUGGGUUGUCUAUGGGAUGGGCCACUCUGAAUGAAGAGCCCUCUUUCCCCAAUGAGAGACUAAGUGGUUGAGGUGGUUGAGGGACUGGUAGCAACUCAUUCAGCUGGCAGACUCAGGUCUGGAUUGUGAUAGUUAGGAGUGUCUCCUGACUCUCCUCCAACCUCCCUAUGCUUCAUAUGCACUCCCUUUCCUCUUUAGCACUAAGAUUUUAAGUACAAAUCAGUCCCUCUUUUUCCCCUUCUCCUGGAGAACCUGAUGAGGUAUAAUCACCUUUUAUUUUAGUGUGAGCUAUAUGAUCUAUUUACCAUCAAAGUGUAGCUGAUGUUUUCUCUGAAGGACAAGAAGAAGAUGCAGCAAAUGGACAAGGUGAAAUCCCUCUUUGGAAAACAGCUUUAUUGAAAUGUAUUUUUUAUAUGACUGGUUUUGGAAAAACUGGUUUGUGUUGCAUAAGCACCAACAAGUGAAUUCUGAUGUCAUUUUGAAUGUCUUUUUUUAGUUUGGUCUGAUGACAAUGUAAUUGCUAUCACAUUAUGUUAUUGCUUGAAGAGCAGCACAUGGUUGAAAUUGUGAGAAUGUCCCUUUUGCUUGGAUGUGAUGUCUUGCUCGUGACAAGAAGCUUGGAGUGUAAACCUACAGUA